GCUGCUUGCCGCAGCAGCACGUACUCGGCAGCUCAGGACAGCUGCGAGCUCACUACACCUCUCUCUAAAGCCGUAGUCGCAAGGGAUUCAACAGCAUAAGUGCAGCAAUGCCCUCCAACGUAGAAGACGCAUUCAUCAAAGUAUCCUUCAAAGAAGUAUGCGACAACGACGCUGUAAGCAGCGCAGAUCCAUUGUACGACUAUUGGAUGGACCAAGCUUCCGGUAAACGGAGCGGGCCUGAAUUAUAUGGCACGAAUGCGCUGCGAAAGCUGUACCCUGAUCACUCGUUGGUUCUGACGCCCUCCGAUGUCCUCCUUUACCCUGGUGCCCGUGCGGAACCUAUCGCGCCGUCGGACGUGAUAACUAAUCUGUUAUUCAUACCUCUGGCACGUCGAUCUGCUGCUGGGCCUGGCGUUCUCUUGGACGAGGUCUUCUUCGGUUCAUUCAAGGUCUUCUGGAAUAAUAACGAGUUCAUCUUGUACACCACUAAGUGGUAUGAUUCGUACAUCCUCAAGCAGCAGAACUAUCUUUUGUACGACUGCUCUGAGGCUGCUAUGCGAGAAUUUCUUUUGGAAGCUGGCAAAUGGAGCACGGAAGUUCACGAAGAAAUCUGGGUCUUCAAUCAAGGCUACUGGCGGAAAGAUGGGGGUCUCUGGGCCGAAGUACAGAAGGCAGACUGGAAGGAUGUCAUACUAAAGGAAGAGUUCAAGACAUCUCUUAAAAAAGACAUCUUUGGCUUCUUCUCAUCAGAAGAUCUCUACAAGGAGCUUGCUAUUCCAUGGAAACGAGGAUUGAUCAUGUACGGUCCCCCAGGGAACGGUAAGACAGUCAGUAUCAAAGCCAUCAUGAAGGGUUGCGAAGAGAAGGGGUACCUCCCGCUCUACGUCAAGUCUUUCCAAAGUUAUAUGGGAGAAGAGGCCUCCAUGGCGUUGGUAUUCAACAAAGCGCGCCAAUUAGCGCCUUGUGUCGUCAUAAUGGAAGAUUUGGAUAGCUUGAUCAAUGAGAGUAACAGGUCUUUCUUCCUCAACCAAAUCGAUGGCCUGGAGGGCAACGACGGUCUCCUGCUCAUAGGCACAACAAACCAUGUCGAGAGACUUGACCCCGCCUUAGCGAGCAGACCUAGCCGCUUUGACCGGAAAUAUCUGUUCGAUGAUCCGGAUCUCGAAGAGCGGACCCUCUACUGCAAGUACUGGCAGAAGAAGCUUGAGAGGAACAAAGCUGUUGACUUCCCUGACGACUUGGUCUACGAAAUCGCCAAAUUGACGGACAAAUUCAGCUUUGCCUACUUGAAAGAAGCAUUCGUGUCUACUCUGGUCUUACUCGUCGGCGACAGGGAGAAAGACAGCCAGCUCGAUUUCGCUACUGUCAUAAGGCAACAAAUCGCGAAACUGCGCAAGGAGCUUGGCAAGCAGCCUAGCUACCGAAGCUAUAGCCCCGUCACACGCGCCUCUCCUCCUACGCGAGCGCUUGAUGCUGCGUCUCCCGAAAUGCAGGUACAGAUGCAGCAGCUUCGAGAAGGAAAUCUUCGGUCGAUGGCCUCAGCUGCAGCUAGCCUGGGCAGGUCCUUCAUGUUCUAGAGAGCGGCCUAGUGGUAUGAAGGUUGUAUGUACGAUGGUUGCGACCGUGUUCAGUGCGUAGGUCAAUAAAACAUCAGGGACUUCAGAAGCCAGUUCGUCGCACGGCUGCGUAGCAUUCAUGAUUCAU